CUUCAAUUAGAUCCCAAUACAUAUCAGGAAUUAGAAGCCUUACGAGGCAAACUAAAAUCGCUUCAAGAAACCAUCGCUACUCAUCUCGCCUACCUUAAUGAUCCAAACUUCCCAUUUACUUGGCCCGAUUUGCUCAACAAAUUCAACAUGUUGACCGCCAAAUUCGCUACUCUCUCUGAAGAUUUCUACAAUAGUUUAACAGGUCAACAUGCUACACUACCGAAACUAAUGCUGCAUCCAUUUUUACCCACCACUACUGAGCAGGAAACGAAUAUUCUAAACGUUUUAUUAAGAACAAAAUUAAUUCCUGAUAUCGAGAAAUUGGAAGCAGAGACACAUGCAGCAAUAGCUCAAGAAAUGGCGCUGGCGGACAAAGAGAACAUAAAUAGCACUUCUAAUAACAAUAACAUACAUAUGGAGGAUGAACAGUUGAUCCAUUCACAGCUCGAUCAAUGGAAAAGUAUCCUUGAAAGGCAUGAUCGAUUAGCAGGGAACGCGACACAAUUUGUAACUGAGUUGAGUUCAGACCAUCGAUCCAAUUUCUUAUUGAGAUAUGAGGAUCAACUCGAUGAAGAAAGCGAUGAAGAAGAAGACGAAGAAGAAGAUCUAGAAGGAGAUACAACCAUGCAGCCAGCGACUACCGAUAUGAAGGAAUGGGAAAAAAUGGGCUUUCCUUCAGAAGAGGUUUGGAAGAAAUGGAAGCUGGAAUGUUUGAUCAAUUUCUAUAGCAGUGGAAAGAGUGAACUUGUUGGAAGUGACUUGAAGAAGUUAGCCACUGCAGCAACAAAG